AUGGUCCCAUUGGGAGUUUUGCUAUCUCCCUCUCCUCUGAAGCGAGGUCAGGCCAACUCUAACCCUGAGAGUCUUAAUUUUCAAUCCCCUUCGGUAAGGGAGGGCACUUCAGUGACUUCCCAUACUCAGAAUUGCUCCUCUCACUCUGAUUCCCUCCGGAUUUCAACCUGGGGGCGGGGGGCGGGGUGGUUUGGGGAAAACACUGAAGGAGAUACAGCGCAGUCGAGAUGGGGAGGGAGGAAGCAGGGGAGGAGGAGGGACCCUUCUCGGCUGCGCCUAUAAGUCGGAGAGAGCGCGGGCUGUGAGCUGAGCAUUCCCUCAGCCCCGGCCCUGAGGGUGGGUCGGUGCGGAGAGGACUGGAAAGGCAGUGCUCCGGGGCAGUAAUGCGGGACUCCGGGGACCCGGCUGGAAAGAGCCGGCGUCGAUUAAGGCGGGUGACUGGGCCAGGGGAGCGCCAGGCUGCCUGCUGGGGGGAGCUGUCCGCGGUGCUGGAGCGUGCGGCGGCGGCGCCGCGGAGCUGAGCUGGAAGCCAGAGAGCUCUAGCCCGCUGGGGAGAGGCGGGGGCACCCGGAGACGAGAGGACCAUGCCUGGAUUGCGGCUCCUGAGUCUCGUGGAGGCGGGAACCUACGCCACCCGCCAGCAGGCUCCUUGAAGGCUUCACUCCCAUCCCCAGUUGUGGCUCAACCAAACACCUGUACCCGUCCCUUUACUCCCACCCCUGAAGACAUGGAGAGCCUGAAUGAUGUGCACAAUCCAUUGCUGGCCAGGAGUAAUGGCCAUCUCGCCAGCCCGUAUCCCUUCCAUGAGGACUCUCCUACUUGGGACUGCCAGGAGAAGCUCUAUUCCUACCUCUUCGGCAGCACCCACCAGGCCAGAACCCACCAAUUGUUAGAUGCAGGGUCCCUGCAGCUGGCUGUAGAGGCGCUCUAUGGGUCCAACUUUCUCCUCGUCAAGGACAAAGCAAAGGAGUGGAAAGGAGAUAGCUGUGAGACUACCUUCACAGAGAGCAAGGAGCCCCAGGCCAGCACCCCUGAGAGAGUCCAGAGACCUGGUGAGGCUGAGGAGGAUGCCAAAAUCCAGACAGUAUCCUUCGAAGUGGAAGAAGAGUUUCUAGAGGUGGAGGAAGAAGAUGACGAUGAGAGUGAUUCCUCCAGUGCCAGUGAGAGUGAAGAUGGUUUCCUCACGCUUCCACCAAGGGACCACCUUGGUCUCGCCAUCUUCUCCAUGCUUUGCUGCUUCUGGCCCCUGGGCAUUGCUGCCUUCUACUUCUCACAAAGGACCAGCAAGGCCAUCUCCAAAGGGGACUUUCACCUGGCCAGCAUGACUUCUCGACGAGCCUUCUUCCUGGCCAUCCUCUCCAUCACCAUUGGCACCGGUGUCUACAUUGCAGUGGUAGUGGCACUGGUGGCUUACUUGUCCAAGAGCAGCCAGGGCUAGUGGGACCCAGUUUGCCUCCCUUGAGCCUCACUCAGCCCCUCCCCACCAGGGGUGCAGGGGAGCUGAGCCCAGAAUCUAUCCUUGGAUACUUAUACCCUAGGUAUCCUGAUGUUUGCAGACAAACCAGAGCCAAGAGCCCUGGACACUUGCUUCUCAACAUGAAUCCAUUUCUGUCUUCUGAAAGGAGCUGAAGAAGAGAAUGCUGUCAGGCUCACCUCCAUCUAGCCUCAGAGACACUUGAUCUCACCUCACAUUUAGUUCUCCCCUUAUGUAGGCCCCUACCUCAAUAAGGAGUCCAGGGAGCUAAUUUCACUGGCUCCCUUUUCCUGUCCUUCAAUUCAACCCCCCCCCCCCAUCAAUUCUUCCCAAUCUCAGUUACAUUCUCACUGUAGGAAACAGAGCGGUCAAUGACCCCAUCGGGGUAAACCAGGACAAGUACCAGUUCUGGCCCAACAACAAGCUGGAGGCAGGCCGAAGACACAAGCCCACUCCACUCCCACCCUGUUCUGUCCAUUUCCCUGGAGACAGCUCCAUAUCCAUUGUAAGUACUCCUUAAUCUCCCAAGUCUCCCAGGAAGUGAGAGGAUGGUGAAUGGGACUUGAUAUUGAGGUUACUGAUUAGAAGGAGCAGAAGACCUAAUCAAAACCACCAGAGAGUCACUCUAUCCAGCCAAGUCAAAAAUAGAUCUGGUCCCCCCACCUGGACACAUGGAUUUUGAACUUAUUGUCUGUCUAUGACAAAAGAUUCCAAUUUCCUUUUCUCUUGCCAAACACAGAAAACAUCCAUUUCAGUUCAAUUAAACCAAUAUUUAUUAAAUGCCUGCCCUGUGCUUUGCUUUGCAAAGGGCUCAAUGCUGGGGGUAAUAUACAAUUUUUAAAAAAGGAAUAUCUUGAUCUUCAUAGAAUUUUACACUCUAGUAAUCGUCUUUGAUAUAUCAUACUUUCUUUUGCCACCUGGUGGAUAUGGUUGAGUUGUGAAGAGAGAAUGAAUGAUUGGUCAUUAAAAACCUUUAAAAAUA